UUACUUACGUCCCAAAAUUUCUCCCAAUCCCAGCUGCUAAAGUGGUUUCCAUUUAAUUUUCCACAAUUACAAUUAUAAAUUACAAAUUACAUACAUCGAAAACUUGUAAAUUUUCCAUUCAUUUAUCAUGUCCAUAAACCCAUUAAAAUUGCUCUACUUUACCAUCACGUCGACAUUUCUGGUCUUCACGGAGUGCUCCACAAAUUCAAACAUUAUUCAAAUUCAGGGUCUGCCCCCCUUUGAUGGAGCACCUUUUGAAAGUUCGACCUACUAUAAUCCUACUAUCCCCACCGCACCGAGCGGAAGAAUAAACAAGCUAGUUACGAGUGGAGAAUGUUUUAAUAUUUACCCGCAAGAAAAUUGCACCGGGUCCUUUAUUCGGGCCAACAUGUUCGUUCGGAUUUUAUACGAUCCAGAAACCGAUCCGAACCGAUGGGUGGGGGAUGACUUGAUCAAGGAGGAUUUACGCAUUGCCUCAGUGGGGCCUUGUUUUGACCGGUGUGACCCGAGAAAUUGGCAGAACGAUGAAAAACUACCCGUGGAAGUCACUUUCUACGAGGACAAUCGCUUGGACGGGAAUAAAACCACUAUCAUGGUCGAUACGGACGGCUGUUUCUUAAUAACACGACGUGGAUAUCACUCAUCCGGCAUGAAAAUCAGUGGGGAUGCCAAUGCUUGCGUCGAGCUACAUUCUGCGCCCAGCUGUGGCGGGGAAUUCACCCAAUUUCGGCCCGGAUAUAUCGAACUGAACUCCCUUAUUAACUGGAACUUGGGGGACGCGAACGAUGCUGACGCAGCCCUGGCUGUAUCUCGUUGUGGCGCAUUUUGCAAUAAAUCAGUGCCUCUCAUCAAUCCAGAUCCACUUCCGACAGCCCUGGAAAAAAAUAUGGUCACGUUUUAUGACUAUUUUGGAUUUUACGGUCACCCCACCAGCGUCAACCUAAGUGCUGGAUGCGUCAAGUUGGACGAGAAGAAAUUCCACCGCUCCAUUCGAACUUACGGUCGUUGUGUGGUCCUCUACGCUUUAGAAGGUUGUAAAGAAACCCGGGGAUACCAUGUUUUGCAAACGGAUGGAAAAUCGGGAGAUUAUUAUGUCCAGAAACUUCUCGCAGGCACGAGUCCAUAUUACCCGAAAUCUAUCCGAUUAUGUGGGAAACACGAGAAGGAAGCGGAUUAUAAAGAUCGAGACGACUGUGAUGCAGGCGGAUUUUGCAUGACUUUAUCGUCUACUUCUAUUCUCUUGGGGAGCAUAUUGUUUUUAUUUUAUGGAAUGGUUUUAAUUUCCCUUUCAGCCUUGGGAGGAAUUCUGAUUUACAAAUUAUUCGAAAACCAGGGUAGUCAUACGGCUACGCUGUAUGUGGUUUAUAAAUCUGAGGUCCCUAAUGUUUAAUGUUGUUUGUUUAACAGUCGUAAAAGUUGUUAAACAAAACCUUGUGAAAGAUAGUUUAAGAAUAAGUAAGAUGCAGUUUCAGGUGUGAUAAAAGGGUUUCAAAGUUGUGUUUCAUGAUAAAUAGUUACAUACAUCACACAUUCUUAAUAUUCAGUUUGCUUGAAAUUUGCUCUACUGGAUAAAAUCGUGAAGCUUUCGUAGUCUCGUCCCAAAUUUUAAAUGUCCUAACCGUAUCAAGAAAAAUUAUUUAAUCCAUUUACUUUAAAAAUGCGGAGAUGUUUAGUUACGAAAGUACGCAUGUAUCGUGUACAACGCCAUCCAGAAUGUGGAGACAAACGUCACCAUGACAACGGUUGGAUUUUGUCUUGAUGAAAUCAUAAAUCACGAAGUAGAUAAAAAUCACAAAUAUACGCGUAUAUCUACAGAUUAGUCAAAUUAAACAGUCCAACGAAAUUGUACCUUAGCCCAACCAAAAUUAAUUUAUUCGCCCAAUCGUAAAACCAAUUUAUUUAUCAUAUUCAACAAAAUACUUUGAUUUCUAAAAAUAAGGUAAUGAAGUUUUCCGUUGGGGAGAAUUCUACUUUCGUUGGUGCGGUAUAUUUGUAAAAUAUUCCUUAAGAAGUAAACAUUUUAAAAAUUCAUUUCUAUGUAUGUACUGAAUUUUGAAAAUAUUUAAUCUUAUUUCCCAUUUCGGAUACAAAACUUACAUCAUUAUUUGCAAUUAAAUAUAUGCCUUAUAAUGCAAAACGGUCUAAUCCACUUUCACGCAGACUGAUUAUAUGAAAAUGACAUAGUUCUACAUGGAAACCAUACUAACUUCCGGUUUUGCACCGUGAUACAUACCAACACUAUGUGAUUUUUGUGAAAUUCAGCACUCGUGAUCUUGAAAAAAUCUAAUUAAACUAUGACCCGGAACUAUGUACGACAAAUCGAAGAAUUAUAAAUCCAACGAAAUUGGCAUAUUAAAAACCCUUGAUUAUCAAUAAUAACAUAA